AUGAGUGGAUUCGACCCAUCUUCAGUUAGCUCGGAUGACUUCGCCGAGCCGACCACCCCAUCGAAGUGGGAGCCAAUAUUGGAUGCAAAUCCUGGCCUGCCACGUGUCAUUAUCCAAAAGACAAUGGCUUUUCGACGGAACACGAGAGCUCACAACUACGAGGAUCCGAACCCUAGGGGUGAGGAGGCAGCGGAUCCAAAUGUUUCCUCGACAGUUCCUGGAGGGGUAGCACCCCCGGUCCCGCAGGCAGCACCUCAGGGAGUUCCCCAGAUUCAACAAGAGGAGGUCCAGUUUAUCAGGGAUUUCAAACGCUUCGGACCACCCGUUUUCAACGGGGUGAGUGAGAGGCCUACUACGGCCGAGGAAUGGGUCAGGGAGUUGGAAGCCCUUUAUGUGUAUUUGGGAUGCUCCGACGAAUUCAAGGUUCGGGGAGCAGUGUUUAUGCUUCGGAGAGAAGCAGUAAACUGGUGGGAGUUGGUGGCGGCAGCGGAGGAUCACGCCAACACACCCAUCACAUGGGCGAGGUUUAAGAACUUACUCUAUGAGUACUAUUUCCCCGUGACUAUCAGGAAUGAAAAACGGGCAGAGUUUCUCCGUCUCACUCAAGGGAGCCUAACUGUGGCCCAACACGAGAGGAAGUUCACUAAGCUGUCGUGUUUUGGAAUGCAAUAUAUUCCUACUAAACAAUUAAAGAUUGACAAGUUCAAUGACGUUUUGCGUAGGGAGAUCAAGGGGUUACUUGUUCUCAAGGAACCAAAUACUUAUGCAGCAGCAGUCAGGUGUGCGUUGGUUAUAGACAAAUGUCUCGAGGAACCUCAGUCUCAACAGGUGAUGGGCUCCAGCUCGGGGGUCAAGAGGAAAUUUGCAUCGUUCUCCUCCAGUCAACUCUCGAGGGGACACCAGCAGCUUGUGCAAAGGCAGACUAUUUCUCCGGUGUGCCCCUCUUGUAAGAAGAGCCAUGCUGGGCCGUGUUGGGCGGGAAAGAGAAUAUGUUACAGGUAUCAGAAGGAAGGAUAUUUUGCAAGGGGGUGUCCAAUGACCGGCUCGAAUACCCAAGCUUUAGGCCAGAGGAUCCCUGCUACGGCGGCAACUCAAGGAUCUGUGUUGGUCACUAGUCAAGUGGUGAAAGGAGGCCAGCUCUCUUUCAAUGGUCAGACCGUGGAGGUAAAGUUAAUCCAACUGGAUAUGCAGGAUUUCGAUGUGAUACUAGGCAUGGAUUGUCAAGGCCAGGGUCCCGAGGGUGGUGUCGGCAUUGAAGGCCAGCCAUCUUCUCCAGAUGGUGUCUGGGCCUAUUUGGCUAGCAUUGUGGAUACAAGGAAGGUUUUGCCGGCCAUUGAGGCGGUUCGUGUGGUCAAUGAGUUCUCUGACAUGUUUCUGGAGGACCUCCCCGGUUUGCCUCCGUCCCGCGAAGUGGACUUUUGUAUAGAGUUGCUGCCAGGGACGACUCCCAUCUCGAAAGCACCCUAUCGAAUGGCUCCGGUAGAGUUGAAAGAGCUGAAGCUACAGUUGGAAGAAUUACUCGACAAGGGUUUAAUUCGCCCAAGCGUAUCCCCUUGGGGUGCGCCCGUGCUUUUUGUUAAGAAAAAGGACAAUUCUAUGCAACUUUGUAUAGAUUACAGGGAACUAAACAAAGUUAUGGUUAAGAAUAAGUAUCCCCUACCACGCAUUGAUGACCUUUUUUAUCAGCUUCAGGGGGCAAACGUGUUCUCAAAGAUAGACUUGUGUUCGGGGUACCACCAGUUAAGGUUAAAGGAGGCCGACAUCUCGAAGACGACGUUCAGAACAAGGUAUGGGCACUAUGAGUUUGUCGUGAUGUCUUUUGGACUCACAAAUGCUCCGGCAGCCUUUAUGGAUCUAAUGAAUCGGGUCUUUAAGGAGUAUUUAGAUUCUUUUGUCAUCGUGUUCAUCGACGACAUCCUGAUAUACUCCAAGACUGAGCAGUGCCACGAAGAACAUCUCAGACAGGUUUUGACUACACUACAGGGAAAUAAGUUGUAUGCAAAGUUUUCAAAGUGUGAGUUAUGGCUGGACCAAGUGGCUUUCGUAGGACACAUAGUCACCAAGGAAGGUAUUGCAGUAGACCCCACCAAGGUAGAAGCUAUUAGCAAUUGGCCAAGACCUAGUUCAGUUACAGAGAUUCAUAGCUUCCUCGGCUUGGCUGGUUAUUACAGAAAGUUCAUCCAGAAUUUCUCUCGGAUAGCGGCACCGUUGACGCAGUUGACUCGUAAGAAUGCUACCUUCACUUGGAGCAGCGAGUGUAAGGAGGCUUUCCAAGAACUGAAGAAGCGUUUGGUGUCUGCACCGGUGUUAACUGUCCCCGAUGGGACGGGAGGUUUGGUGGUUUACAGUGAUGCCUCGCGAAGGGGCUUGGGGUGUGUGCUGAUGCAACAUGGGAAAGUUAUAGCUUAUGCUUCUCGACAACUGAAGGCGCAUGAGCUUAACUAUCCCACUCAUGAUUUAGAAUUAGCAGCAGUGGUCUUCGCCUUAAAGUUGCGGAGGCACUACCUUUACGGAGAGAGAAUUCAGGUCUUCACGGAUCAUCAGAGUUUGAAGUACCUUUUCACCCAGAAGGAGCUUAACUUGAGAAAGAGGCGGUGGUUAGAGUUGGUGAAGGACUAUGAUUGUUAG